UCGUCCAUAUAAAUCUGCACGCUGCACCACCGCCCUUUCUGCGCUACACACUAUCUCCUCAAUUUUGUUGUAUGUCCUGACCAGCUCAUCCGUUCCUCUUGGAUCUGCUCGGCAGAGAAAAUAAGCUGCAGCCUGCAGCUCCGACGAUAUGGAGAUAGAGAGGAUGAUGGGUUGCCAGAUCCCGGCGUUUGGGGUGUGGAACUACUGCAACGACCUCUCCAUCACGCAGUACUUCGACUCCGCCAUGCAGGCAAGGCUGAUGAAGCGCUGGAACCGCCGCGGCGACGGCGUUGUUGCGGCCGUCGAGAAGGGUGUGGCCUGCGGGGAACCGCUUGUCUUGUUCAGGACCCCCUCUUUUCAACGCAAGCCAGCCCAGAUCAAGGUGAUAAGGAGAGAAGCAGAGAAGCACUGCAGUGCCGACGAGCUGCAGGACGGCGGCGUGCAAGCUGAGGUUGGAGCAUACCCAAUGAAGCGUAAGGUUGUUAGUAAGCCUGUGGAUGAGGACCUGUACAAGGUACCUCAACCGCUGCUGUACCGAAAACCUAAAAAGAUGAGGAAGGUGGUCUGGAGUAUGUGGAUUGGAUGCCUGGGUCUGGACUGCAUUGCCUGAGAAACUGUGAAGUAGCUUUAUAUAUAUUCCUACUUUUCUUUCUCCAGUUCAAAAAUAAUUAUCCAUCCUGCAGGGAUCACUUCACCCUUUUUUCUUUGCUCUAAUUCUGUGUACCAUUGUUUUAUUUAUGUCUUUAGCUUGGAUCCUUUCUCUAGUAUAAAUGACAACUGAGUAUGAUUUCUUUGUAACUUA